AUGUAUGGAACUAUAGUUUCACUUCCUAAUUAUCACUUUAAUGAUAUCAAAUUUAUUCUUCCAGAUUACCCUAGUCAACUACUGACACCCCGACGUUCAGCAAAAACACUUACCACCCAUCUACAAGAUCUAAACCACGACUGUUUAAGAGAAAUUUUCCAACAUUUGGACUUAGCUGCACAAUUUUCCCUACUCAAAUCAUCACAACAAUUUUACGAUAUAAUACUUUACGAUAUUUGGUAUCCUUAUUAUGAUGAAAUCUUCGAUUUAAGCAAAGAUUUGUCCAUUGCCACACAAACCAAAGAUUUUCAAAUGGAUUUUUUAAGUUUAAUAUUAAAUAAUUUUUCCCGAGUACAAGGCAUAGUUUUAGAAAUAUUUCAAAAAUAUAUGAAUAAAUUUAAUAACAAAGAAUUUCCGCAAGUAUUAACUUUAAAGAUAUUAAAUACCAAAAAUUCAAUUACAGAAAAUAAUAUAUUAGAUUUACAACAUAUUUAUAAGUUUCCCUAUUUACAGGAAUUACAAUUAGAAGAUAUUUGUAUAGAGUUCUCUUUGAAGGAAUGUUUGAUACCCUUAAAAGUGUUAACCUUAAAAAACGUUACUGUACUAAAUGCUAAUGAAGGAGAUUUAUUAAAAAUAAUUUUAUCUAGCAAUUUGGAAAGAUUAACUUUACUAACGUUGCCCAGUGAGCAUUUUGCAUUUACAAAUUUUAGCGAGAUAUCUAAAUGUCUGCAGUUAAAAGAAUUAACAUUAAGUUUACAUUAUUUACAUGAACCUAGAUUAUUAGACUAUAUAUUAGAUCUACCCUCAUUACAGAUAUUGACUUUAGAGUCUAAGGAUAAUUUUUAUUUCUCAUCCAAAGAUCAUACCAUAUUAUAUGUUACCCUUAAGAUAUUCUCACAAAAUCCUUAUAAAUCUAUUAGAGGCCUGCAGCUCAAUGGAAUGCCGGAGAAGAUAUUUUAUAUGUGUCCAUAUCUACAAGAUAUCAAAACACUAAAUUGGUUUGUUACCAAAAUUUUUCACCGCAAAUUGGACGGUUCAGUGGAAUGGAAAUCGGAUGUGCCGCAAGUUAUAAAAUCGUUCUAUGAUUUUGUGGUGGAUAAUGGAUGUCUGAAGAACUUGCAUGUAAAAGAUAAUAUUUUCCAUAAAAAGCGAGUAAUAAAAGAUGCGGAUUUUGAAAACAAACUUCAAGAACUGAGAGAAUCGAAGGGGUUUCAAAGACUGAAUAUUAUUAGUAAUUAUAAAAAAUCUGAUGUAAGUAAAGUAUUUUACGAUCUGCCAGAAGGCGGUGUAAGAUUCUUUAUUGAAAGUAGAGAAUAACUAAAAUAAAAUUGUAAUUAUAAUGUUCAAAAUUAAAAAA